AUGUCCAACGUUGAAGAGGCAAAGCGCGCCGCCGCGACCACCGCCGUCGCCAACCACUACCCCAAGAAUGCGCAAUGGGUUGGUAUCGGCAGUGGUACAACCAUUGUUUAUGUCGUCGAGGCAAUCAAGGCCCUUGGUGUCGAUACCUCUGCCACUCGCUACGUUCCCACGGGAUACCAGUCCCGCCAGCUGAUCGUCAACGCGGGGUUGACAGCCGUCGAGUUCGAUGCUAUCCCCGCGGAACCGUCCUGGAUGUCGCAUUCGACGGCGCGGACGAGGUUGACGACGAGCUGA